UUAGCAUACAUCAUGUCAGUUGCAAUCCAGUCACACUCCAGUAAAGGAUUAAACAAGGGUGAGGCAUGUUUGAAGGCAAUUAGCUAACUUUAUAAAGGUUAUUUUUGGCAUUGACAAGUGCCCUCCUGGCUCCAAAAAUGUCCGCCUCUAUGGAGCCCCACAGAAUUCGACUCAUUAUGAGACCUAAUCAGAGCCAAAUUGGGGUGGACAAAUGGUUACAUAAACAGAUCAAUCUGCCGUGCGAGAGGGGUCCCGAAGGAAGGUACGAAUUCGAUAGCCUGAAAGAAAAAGCACUCCACGGUUUUACAAAAUUCAAUCCGCAAGCCCAGCCACCGGCGGAGAACGCUGCCUUGGCACCGUUCCGAGAUGAGGUGUUACUAAUUGACCCAUGCUCAGGACAGCUGAGUGCAGGCGCAGAAGUGAAUCUUGGAAACAAAAGAUGCCGCAAGUUUAUAGGCAGAGUAAACACUCCGUCUGACUUGUGGGUUCCAACUGGCUCAAGAGACAGACCGCAGACACCACCACAAAGGCCAUCGGCUGUGGUCUGUGACUCAGCCGAACACAGCUCAUGGAAUUCCAGAACCCUGUCUGACGCAGCAGUGCGGGCGGGCUUAGGAGGUUGGACAAGUGCUGAGAGAGUGAAAACUGCUGCUCCUAAAAUUCCAGGCUCAGUGAAGUUAUUUAGUUUUUUUCUGGAAAAGGAUGACUCAAAUUCGAAGCCAUACUCUGUUAUCUCACCGCAGUCUGUGAAUGAGGCAGCUCAGCACUGCAUUUACACAUCAGUGGCUCAAAGAGGCUAUGAGGAUGUUGCUUGGGAUACUAAGUUGCCUCCGCGGCUCAAACCUCCUUCAACCACUUGGGAGAAAAUGGCAGACCGUGUGGAUCAGCGUUUCACCGUGAGAAGAUACCACACCAGGCCUGAGCUGUGGCAGGCUGUCGGCCCCCAUUGGAACAGAUAUCAACUCCGUUCCAGAAAUGAAGUGAGGAAGCCAAUCACAUUUACCAGCCCAUGUCCAAAGUCAGGCCAGAUCCCUUUGUACUGUGACACAGUUGGAUCAGAAAACAUGGACAAUGUAGACAUUGUUGGGAAGGACUUUACCCCUUUGACCAUGCUGCGUAAACCAAUGCCUCCGUACACCCCCACUGCACAUCGACUCACCAUCCCAGGUUACACUGGUAAAGCCCAUUAUGACACGGCCAGCCUGCCUGCUCUGCCCCACACUGCUCCGGCCCUGGGGGGUAGCCGUCAGAGCUACCUGGCCUUUGGCCACACUGGCCCGCUGUCCAGGAUGGUGACCAGAGUUCCACCCCAGAACCCUUUCCUCCAACCAAGCCCUCCAGCAUUCCCCAUCUCUACUUAGAGAGAAAGCGUACACACACACACACACACACACACAGAAGACACACUACACAGAGUAAUA